AUGGCAUCCUCUGUCAUUCCCGGGGUCUUGGAUCCUACCAAGCCCCGCGAGUAUCCCAUCGUCCUGAGCGAUGCGCUCUUGGGCAAGACGUCCCACGAGACCUUCACCGGUGUCAAGUACAACCACAAGCCGAGACUCUCCUCCACAACUGCUCCGAACAGCGCCAAGAUCAAGCCUGCGUCUGACGGCUCCUACGACUUGUCAUUCCAGGACAAGGGCGGCAAAUAUGCGUACAAUGGCAACCGCUCCACCGGCGAUGGACAGUUUGUCCUCGUCUUUGACCCUAAGCGGAAAGUCCUUGUUCUUCACCGCGUGGACUCUACUUUCAACAUGAACCUCGUCCAGACGCCGACAAACUCCGAUGCCGAGAGUCUCCGGAAACAACACCCACACCUGAAGUCAGGCUCAUCACAGCCUGAUCGCAAGAAGGCUGAGCCCAAACCCAAACCCAAAACCUCGUCCGCUCUCAAGAACACAACAAGAGACACUAAAAAGAAGCCGCCGAAGGAAAAGGCGCCGGUCAAUCUCACGCUGCCUCCGGUUCCUGCCGCCCAACCGGAGCCGCCCAAGCCGGAGAAGAAAAAGAAGAAGCAGGUCGAGUCCGAAGACGAGGAUGAGUCGGACGGCGACGGCGGGCUGGAAGUGGUCUGGGGUGACCCGCCGCCGAGCCAUUACAACAGGGCCAACGAUGCGCCGGCGUUCCCGCCUCCGAUGCGCAGGUUCUCCGAGUUCUACAAUGAGCGACGCCAGGAAGAGGAGCAGCGAGAGGAGGAGGACAACGACGCAGGCGACGAAUACGACCUGUUGGCUGCCAUGGAAGAGGACGACGAUGACGACAACCAACAGACACAAGCCAGGUCACCCAGUCCGGCAAGACACGCGGCCGAGGAAGAAGACACGACGAUGGGCAACACAGGCUACACAGAGCCUGACUUUGAGGAUCUCGAGGCCGAAUUAGAGGCCGAGUUGCGGGCCGCAGAGUCGGAGAGUGAAGUCAGCGAGGAGGACUGA